AUGGUUAACUCUCGAUGUCACUGUCCUUUAGUAGAUCUAUGCAACAAUCUCAUAGGAUCUCCUUCACACAAUCUUAGAACUAGACUCUAUAGUCGAGCAAGCCUGGACACGGCUACGUGGGAUUUUCAAGAUAAUUGUCAUUCUUGUGCAGUUUCCCUCAAGCAAGAGUUUUCCACCACCAUCAUGAAGGAUUUUCUUGGGGUCUCGACUUAUUGUCAACAUCUCAAAGUCCCGACUGGUCAUUUGCAGGACGUUAGUAGCCUAGUCUUGAACGACCGCCUCAUAUUACAGUUGGUCGCGGGCCUAGCGGAGGCGUACAACGGGGUGGCGACGUUACUCCGACAUAGUGAUCCUUUGCCUCAAUUCUACCAAGCGUGA